UUGGUCGGCAUCGCAGCCUAUGGCGCGUACAUCCCCCGCUAUCGUCUGGGCGCGGAGACCGUUGGCUGGAACUCGCGCCAGGAACGGGCGGUCGCCAACUUCGACGAAGAUAGCGUGACCAUGGCCGUCGCCGCCGGAUCAGACUGUCUCGCACGGCGUGACCGGUCGCUCAUUGAUGGCAUCGUGUUCGCCAGCACGACCCCGCCCUACGCCGAAAAACAGUGCGCCGCCAUUGUGGCUGCGGCCUUGGAUCUCCGGAACGACAUUUUCGCGGUCGACGUCGCGAAUGUGCUCCGAGCCGGAACCAACGCGUUGCUUACCGCCGUGGAUGCCGUCGCUUCCGGACGGGUCCGCCAGGUUCUCGUGGUUGUCGCCGACAGCCGCCAGGGCCCGCCCCGGGGCGAGACCGAACGCGCAUCUGGCGACGGCGCCGCUGCUUUCGUCAUCGCCGACCAGGGAGUGGUCGCUGAACACGUCGGCAGCCACUCGGUGACCGAUAACAUGCUCGAUGCCUGGCGAUCUCCCGGUGAUCCCUUCGUCCGUACGUGGGAAGACCGUUUCGCUACCGAAGAGGGUAUCGAGCGCAUCGUGCCCGGCGCAGUCAGCGGCUAUUGCCAGCGCACCGGCACGGCAUUGUCCGACGUCGCCAAACUCGCCCUGUACGCCCCUGAUGCCCGCCGUCAUUCCCGUCUGGCCCGCCAGUUGGGAUUCGCCGACAACCAGGUCCAGAACCCGCUGUUCGGCUCAAUUGGGAACACCGGCGCCGCCUUCGCUCCCAUGCUCCUGGCCUCAACGCUGGAGACUGCUGCCCCGAACGACCUGCUGCUGACCGUGUCCUACGGGGACGGCAGCGACGUUGUCGGCUUCCGCGCCACUGCGGCUAUCACCCACGCUUCUCGCCCGACCAUGGGAGUGUCCGGUUGGCUCGAAACCAAGCGCAUCCUCGGGCACUACGAAACCUACGCCCGCUGGCGCGAAGUCUGGACGUUGGACGACGCUUCCCGUCGCCCCGCUGCCGCGUCCCCGUCCGUGUCUGCUCUGUGGCGCGAGGAGGACAAGAACGUGCGGCUCUAUGGCGCCCGAUGCCGGAACUGCGGUUACGUCCAGUAUCCUGCUCAACGGGUCUGUGUGGAAUGCCGCAAGAUAGACCAGGGCGAGCCGCUACGCCUGAGCGAGACGCCGGCCGAACUGUUUACAUAUUCCAUGGAUUAUAUCGCCGGCGCGGUCGAUACCCCGCUCGUGGUGGCGGUCGUGGAUUUCGAGGGCGGCGGUCGUGUCCUUUGCAUGAUGACCGACCGUGAGUUGGACGAAGUCCGCAUUGGCAUGCCGGUGGAGAUGAGCUUUCGCAAGCUGCGCGUCGUCAACGGUAUCCACAACUAUUACUGGAAAGCCAUACCCAGGCGCACGCCCCAUCCGGCGGCGGUGGCCGCAUAA